GUAGUUGUAAUCACGGGUUACGGGUUAUUUCAUUUGUCUAUGGUUUUUUCAACUUUAUAAAAGUUAUUUAUUCCCCUUAAAUUGUUAUUUACUAUUGGUUGCGGUUUUUACAUUUUUGGUAUUUCAACAUAAAAAUAGUUUAUUCAUACGAAAAAAUAUAGAAAUCAAAAGUUUCUGUAGAUCAUCUAUAUUUGAAAUUUACGCCGAAAAUUGAACGUGACGUUCGGGAACUGUGAUCAAAAUCUCAUUCUGAUAUAGAAUCCGCAAUCAGCUCUAUUUGAUCCAAGAUCAUCGUUUCCGAAAACUCCUAAUUAGUUGUUCUUAAUUUUAGGUUAGGAUACUUUUAAAAACCAUAGAGUUUAAACUAAGUAUAUUUUAUUCCAUGUUUUUGUUGUAUGUAGUACCAGAUAAAUCGAAACAAGAUUAUUAGUCAGGAAGUCAGACUCACAACGUUUACAAAUAUUGAGUUAGUUUCAAUAAACUAAAGUGAGGAUAAGACUAAUGUUGUCCAACAAAAGAAAUAUUUUUCAUACAUUAAUACCAAAUUACGGUCUAAAGUUGAAAUUAGACCAUGUCUACCCGGAAAAAAGGAAUCAACAUUAUAUUCCAAGUUUUAGGGUUAUUUGGAGUAUGAUACCAUUGAUUCUAAGAUAUAUUUUGUUUUAUAUAAAAUCAAAAUGGAAAGGGCAAAGACUAUUUAUCGAUAGUUUUUCACCCAGGACACCAGAACAAAUUUAUGGUGUGCCUAUCGGUGGAAUUGGUAGCGGUACAAUAGGAAGGGGAUUCAAAGGAGAAUUUUGUCGAUUUCAACUACGUCCAGGUAUAUAUGAAUGGAAUACAGUUGAUGCCAACCAAUUUAUCAUUACAAUAAAGAAUGAAGAAAAUGUUACUACAUUCCAGAGUUUGCUAUCAACCUAUAGGAAAUCCAGUCUCUCUAGUUGGGAAAGUCAGUUGGAUGCCAGCAAAUGUACAUAUACCGGUUUAUAUCCAAGAGCAUGGACAGAGUAUGAUUUAUCUAAAUAUGGUAUAAAACUUACUUGCAGACAAAUUAGUCCAGUAAUACCCCAUGACUAUAAAAAUAGCGCAUUACCUUGUGCCGUGUUUGUAUGGAAUAUUGAAAAUAUUUCUGCUGAUUACAAAACGGUGACCAUCGCCUUUACAUUCAAAAAUGGAACCGGAAGCAAAAAUGAUACAAAUGGUGCUUGUAGUUCGAAAGCCUUCUCUUAUGAAAAUUCCGAAGGAGUUGUUCUAUAUCAUAAAAUCGACAAUAUGCCGUGUGCUUAUGCACUUGCCGCAAAAACUCGAGAUGAUUUGUCAGUUACGAAGUGCUUAUAUUUCAAUCCAAAAUCAAAUGGUUUUGACGUAUGGAAGCAACUCAAAGAUAACGGCGAAUUUGAUAAAACCAACACUUCAGUUACUGAAAAUGUUUACGGUGAAAUGGCAUGUGGAAUAGCGGCCAAAAUACGUAUUGGUCCUAGAGAAUGUCAAGAAGUUGAAAUGAGCCUUGUUUGGGAUAUACCUACAAUUAAUUUCCCAUUAAGACAAAAAAUCUACUCGAAGUUUUAUACAAAGUAUUUUGGAAAAGAAAAUGCCAUAUUGAAAAUAAUAUCUUACUCAUUUGAUAAUUAUUCUUCAUGGGAAGAAGCCAUUUAUAAUUGGCAGGAACCGGUAUUGGAAGACAGCAAAUUGCCCGAUUGGUAUAAAGGAGCUUUGUUUAAUGAAACUUACUUUAUUAGUGAUGGAGGAACUUUGUGGCUUUUGGUGGAUGACGAAGAAGCAAAAAUGUAUUCUAAAAAUGACCCUAGAAUCACAUAUGGUCGUUUUGCGUAUUUGGAAGGACAAGAAUAUAUUAUGUACAAUUCGUACGACGUUCACUUUUAUGCUUCUCAUGCCCUACAUAAAAAUUGGCCCUUUUUACAAAAGUGCUUACAAUAUGAUUUGAAAGAUUUCAUUUCUCUUGAAAUAAAACAAUACAUCGAUGAAUUAUACAACGGACAUAAGAUCGAAAGGAAAUAUCGAAAUUCCGUACCUCACGAUGCUGGAAAUCCUGGUGAAGAACCAUUCAAACUCAUCAAUGCUUAUCCUGUUCACGACGUGAGUAAAUGGAGAGAUCUUAAUUCAAAAUUCAUUUUGCAAACGUUUCGUGAUGCUUAUUCUUCAUAUGAAACACCCGAUAUGGAUUACCUAAACGAUAUGUAUGAUUCUUGUUAUUCAAUUAUACAAAUAUGGAUUGAAAAUGAUAUUGAUGAAGAUGGUUUAAUUGAAAAUGGUGGCAUUCCAGACCAGACGUAUGAUUCGUGGAAUAUGACUGGAGUAAGUGCUUAUUGUGGAGGUUUAUGGUUAGCUGCUUUACAAGCAAUGAUGACAAUGGCGGAUCAACUAGGAAAGGGUAACCAUAAAAAGGUUUUUGAAAAUAUUUUAAACAAGGCGAAACCAGCUUAUCAACGAAAAUUAUGGAACGGUAGUUAUUAUAACUUUGAUUGCUCCAAAGAGCAGUACAAAUCUAUAAUGGCCGACCAAUUAUGUGGUCAUUGGUAUUUAAGGUGUGCGGGAAUGAAAGAUUAUGAAGUGUUUCCUAAGGAAAAUGUGAAAAUUACCUUAAACAGUAUUUUCAAAAAUAAUGUUCAAUUGUUUUGUAAUGGGACCAUGGGUGCUGUGAAUGGUACUGUAGAUGGUAAUGUCGAUAACUGUACCGUUCAAAGUGUAGAAGUUUGGACGGGAGUAACUUACGCUCUUGCUUCAACAAUGAUUUCAGAGGGUAUGACAGAAGAAGGUUUUCAAACAGCUGGAGGGAUGUAUAACUCUAUGGUAUAUAAAUUAGGAUUAGCCUUCGACACUCCAGAAGCUCUCUAUGCUGAAAAAUACAUGAGAGCAGUUGCUUACAUGAGACCUCUAAGUAUUUGGUCCAUGCAAAUAGCUUGGGAAAAUUCCAACAAAUCAUUAAAUGACAAAUAAUUGGAGUUAUGUUAAUAUUUAUCUUAGUAUUAACUUUAUAUUAUAUAAAACUUAAAACUGCUAGUCAAUCUCUGUAUAAUUCUAAAAACUGUUUAUUUGUAUUUUGAUAACCUCAUUUCCUCAAGUGUGGUUAUCAAAUUAUUUAUCAAAAUAAAAAUAGUGGCGUGAAUUGGUUGAAAUUCAAA